ACAGCACUAUAGUGUGUUCGAAAUAAGUGACCAAAAAUGGUGAUAAUUUCAGUGAAAUGGCGAAUGUGGCCGUUGAUAGUGAUUUUGUUUGUAUUUUUUGGAAUAGUUUCAGCAUCUCCGAAUUUACGUCGACGACAAAGAACAGAAGACAAUAGAAGAGCUGAAUGUCGUUUGGGGAAUACGUUGCAUGAAUUGGGCUCCAAAUGGUAUGCCGACCUGGGACCACCGUUCGGCAUUAUGUAUUGCAUUGUAUGUUCAUGUAAUGCGGUAACAAAAAGGAAACGAAUUUUGGCUCGAACCCAAUGCAGAAAUAUAAAAAACGAAUGUCCAAAACUUGAUUGUGACGAACCGUUGCAGUUGCCAGGAAAAUGUUGCAAAGUGUGUCCGGGAAAAAUAAACGAACAACAAGAUGCACCAGUAGUACAAACACAAGAAGACGAAGAUAAUAAUAUAAAACAUUUUGGUGCUCUAUUAACAAGCCGUACAUCGUAUUUUUUGAACCGCGAGGAAAUUAAAACCACUUACGUUACUAACAAUCCAUUGAAUAUUAUUUCAACCGGUCGUUUUACGUUCGACAAAGGGAAUUUGUAUUUCUCAUUUUAUGUAUCGGAACAUGCAAGUCGUCCACGUGCCAUUCAAUUCAUCGUCGAAACUGGUCAUAUUAUUGAAGAAAUAAUGUUGGUACAAUCGAGUAAAAUAUUCAGCGUAUAUCAAAAUGCAACCGGAAAAGUAUGCGGUGUAUGGCGACGAGUACCACGCGAAUAUCGAAAUCAAUUGCGCGAUGAAAAGAUGAAUGUUGUGUUAUUAUGGGGUUCAAAAUUAUAUGCUGAACUCGCAUUGGCCGGUAAAAUUUCAAAGUAUCCAGCAUUGUCAAGUGAAUUGUUUACAUCAUUGCUUGAGCCACCACCUGACAAAGGUGUUGUUAUGAAAGAGCUAAACGGAGCCGGUGGAAUGGCCAUUGUAUCAACAAGCAGCGGUGCUACAUCAUUGAUUCAUUUAACAUUAGUUUUGAAUGGUUUAUUCCAUAAUGAGAGUGUUGAUGUUGCGCUAAAUGUUCGUCUCGAAAUGUCUGAUAAAAAGCAACAAGUUCUUCAAGACACGAUUGUUGUGAAGAAAUCUAAUUAUGAUUAUAAUGUUAUUGAAUUGACAUCGCCGGUAACAACACAAUACUUGCGUUUACUAACUCGCGGUAAAUUGAAUUUGAUUGUGGAAUCACAGCUUAAACCAGAAAUUAACAUUCAAGGAUUGAUUUUAACGCGAGCCACAUGUGAGAUUUAUCAAACACUGUUGGCACCAACAUCAACCGAAUCGAAGACAACGACUAGCGGUUUGGCAUGGGCCUAUGUGAAUCGUGACAGUGCUCUUGUUUACAACAUUCACACGGACGAUUUGAAUUUACAAGAAAGUCCGCUCAUCACAUUGGUUGAUGAGAGCGUUAAGCGUAAAACCGAUUUAGAAAAUUUAACACCAUCAUUAAGUUUGAACAAUGCAAUCGGUGUACUUUAUCGAAUGAGUCUACGUAUUUUGGAAGCAUUGUACGCAAAUAAUUUAGCCAUUAAUAUUGCAACGAAAAAUGAAUCAAAUUUAAUGCGAGGACGAUUGAUUGGAAGACAAUUGGCCGAUGCACGUGACUCAGAAGAACCAGUCAUUUUAAAACGUUUAGAUUCAAAUGCACCGUCUGAUCUGGUUGGCAUGGCAUGGGUUGCUGUUGAUAACGAUUGUACGCUUCACUAUGAAAUUACAUUGAAUGGUUACAACACCCAGGAGGAACUUGAAUUGUACUUGGAAGAGAAACCAUUCGAGGCUAUUAAUGCACCAGUUACUACAAAAUUGUUGGAAAACUUCAAAGGCGAAUAUCUAGAAGGAUUCCUUCUGGAAGAAAAGGACAUGCCAUCAUUUCAACUAUUGAACUUGGAGACAAGCGUUUGCUAUUUACAGGUCAGAGCGAAAGAAAGUGGUACACAUUUAUUGAGGGGUAAAUUAGGAUCGAUUAAAAUUCCAAGUCAUUGCGCAAUGCCCGGAAUCGACACAAAUCGAAUUGGGCUUUUAAGCCCAAAUGAUCAUGUCGAUGUAAAUGUACCACUUCAUCAAAAAUGCUAUCAUUCGGGGCGUUUCUAUGAUGAAGGUGAACAAUGGCAAAAUCAAAUGGGGGUAUGCAGCAUGUGCUCUUGUAUUUAUGGACGAGUGAAGUGCGAUAAAUUAGAAUGCCCACCGUUAGAUUGCAAAGAUGGUGAAUUACGGCCACCGCGCGAUGGUGAAUGCUGUCCAUCCUGUUUAUCAAAAGAAAUGAAUAUUAACCCGAAUGUAACACGUGGUUGUCGUUUGGGUAAUCAAUUCCAUGCAGCUGGUUCUUCGUGGUAUCCAUACCUUCCACCAAAUGGAUUCGAUCGAUGCUCAACUUGCACAUGUAAUCCAAUUACAUUGGAAAUUAAAUGUCCUCGUGUACAAUGUCCGCCGCUUACAUGCUCUGAUAAAAUUGCAUAUCGUCCAAAUAAAAGCGCAUGUUGCCGAAAGUGCCCUGAGGUGAAAGAAGCACCAGUUGAAAAGAAGGCACACGAUCCCGAUUUGAUGAGUGAUGAAGGCAAGAAAGGAAAACUCAAAACAAAGGAAGAGAUUUUAUUACAUGGAGGUUGCAAGAUGGCAAACACCGUCCAUGAAAAUGGUCAUGAAUGGCACCCAACCAUUCCAUCGCACGGUGAACAAAAAUGCGUGAAAUGCAGUUGCAAAUAUUCGAUCAUAAAAUGUAAUCGCAAGCAUUGUGGUCGUUCGGCGUGAAAUAAAAGUGCAGCAAGCAAUCAUGUAAAUAGACUCACAUCCGUUGACUAUUGCUAAUUACAUUUGUCGCUCGCGACGAUAUCAAAAAGUAAAAUCAAUGUCAGCAACGAGAACUAAAAAUUGAAUCACAACAACAAAAAUCCCCUGGCAAUUUGAAUAGUUGUAAGCACCAACGAAGUCUUCGAUCAUCAUAU